AUGGCGGACGGAGCCCGCGCCCUGCUCGGCAGCCGCGGGGGCAGCCCGGCCUCCAGCCCGCAGCUGGGCGGCAGGAGCCGCUCGCAGCCGCCGCCGCCGCCGGCUCCGCUCAGCGCGCCCGGGCACGGCUUCCGCAGGGUGACCCUGAGCAAGCCCAGCUUCUGCCACUGCUGCACCGACUUCAUCUGGGGGCUGGCGGGCUACCAGUGUGAGGUUUGCAACUUUAUGUCUCAUGAAAAGUGCCUCAAGCAUGUGAAGAUACCAUGCUCGUGUAUUGCGUCAAGUCUCGUCAGGAUUCCAGUUGCACAUUGUUUUGGACCUCCGGGACAUUACAAAAGAAAGUUUUGCACCGUGUGCAGAAAGCAGUUAGAGUCCCUUGCAUUUCGAUGUGAAGUGUGUGAACUACACGUGCAUACAGAUUGUCUCCCGUUUGCUUGCAGCGAUUGUCGUCAGUGCCAUCAAGAUGGGCAUCAGGAUCAUGAUACAUACCAUCAUCAUUGGAGGGAGGGAAAUCUCUCGUCCAGUGCUCGCUGUGAGGUCUGCAAGAAAACCUGUGGUUCUUCGGAGGUGCUGUCUGGCAUGAGGUGUGAGUGGUGUGGCAUUCUGGCUCAUGCUUCUUGCUACAUUAUUGUACCACCAGAAUGUACUUUUGGAAGAUUAAGGAAUAUGAUUCUUCCUCCGAAUUGUGUGCGGUUAGUUUCUCGCAAUUUCAGCAAAAUGCACUGUUUUCGAAUAUCAGAGAGCCUGCAAACAGAACCAGAUGAAGAUGAGGAUGUUGAUGGCUUAACACAAGGGUCAGUGAAAGAUGCCCAAAUUUCAGCAGAUUCAAGUAAACAAACAUUAAAGAUAUUUGAUGGGAAUGAUGCAGUAAAACGCAAUCAAUUUCGACUGAUUUCUGUUCCAAGGAUUGCAAAAAGUGAAGAGGUUGUGGAGGCAGCGCUGAGGGCAUACUACGUAAAUGAUGAUCAGCAGCACUAUGAGCUCCAGACAUUUUCUCAGCAGACCUUGUUUUCUGAUGACAUCAUCAACAGGAAUGAUGCCCCUGAAGAAACCAACCCAGGGCCAGUGUUCAGAGAGGCGGUUCCUGAAGCUUGGAUCAUCAGAGCCAAAUCUAAGGAUCACGAAGUAAUAAGAAUUUAUCCCGGUUGGCUGAAAGUGGGAAUGGCAUAUAUCUCUCUGCGAAUAGAUAAGGAAAGCACCACCCAGACAGUAAUUAAAGAAGUUCUCCCGCUAUUAGGACGGCAGACGGAAUGCCUCCAGAAUUUCAAACUUCUAGAAGUACUUAUGGGCAGUAAGCAAGUUCAGCGAAUGGUGCUGGAUGACCAGGAGAUGAUCCUGAGCAGACUUAGGGACAUAAGAAAGACUUCAAUACGUCAGAUGAAUCAAACAAGAUUUUACAUUGUAGAAAAUAAUAAAUCUGUCGUGCGGGUAAAUUUGUUUGUGGGUGGCUUGCCACCUCAGCUCUCUGCUGAAGAAUACACUAACAUCCUCAAGGAUGACUUGGCUAUCAAAACAAAUCUGCUUUCUUUGAGUCAUGUUUACUCAAUGCAAGGUGCUGUUGUACUUGAAAUGUCUUGUUUUUCUGAAGCUGAAAGAAUAUAUAUGCUAGCUAAAGAUACAACGGUCAAUGACAAACAGCUUACUGCCGCUGUGAUUCCUGAAGUUCUGCAUACCAAGCUACCACAGAACUGCUGUCCACUACUUGUCUUUGUGAAUCCCAAAAGUGGAGGUUUGAAAGGCCGAGAUCUACUCUACAGUUUUAGAAAACUGCUAAAUCCUCAUCAGGUCUUUGAACUCACUAAUGGAGGUCCACUGCCUGGAUUUCAUACAUUCUCUCAAGUUCCCUAUUUCCGAGUGCUGGUGUGCGGCGGCGACGGCACAGUUGGUUGGGUCCUUGGUGCGCUGGAAGAAAUCAGACACAGGCUCGUCUGCUCAGAGCCCUCUGUAGCCAUCUUACCCUUAGGAACAGGUAAUGAUUUAGGGAGGGUGCUUCGCUGGGGAGCUGGUUAUAGUGGGGAAGAUCCCUACUCUGUUCUGAUAUCUGUAGAUGAAGCUGAUGAGGUACUUAUGGAUCGCUGGACCAUCCUUUUAGAUGCUCAGGAGCCUGUUGAAAGUGCAGAGAAUGGUAUUUUGGAACCUGAGCCUCCAAAGAUUGUACAAAUGAACAACUAUUGUGGCCUUGGAAUUGAUGCAGAAUUGAGCUUGGGCUUUCACCACGCUAGAGAAGAAGAACCAGGAAAAUUUAAUAGCAGGUUUCACAACAAAGGAGUAUAUGUAAAAGUUGGACUGCAGAGGAUAAAUCACACCAGAAACCUUCAUAAAGAGAUAAAACUUCAAGUGGACCAGCAUGAAGUUGAGUUACCAAAUAUCGAGGGACUCAUUUUCAUCAAUAUCCCCAGUUGGGGGUCUGGAGCUGAUCUCUGGGGAUCUGACCAUGAUAAUCGAUUUGAGAAACCAAGAAUCGAUGAUGGCUUACUGGAAGUCGUGGGGGUGACCGGUGUUGUGCACAUGGGUCAAGUACAGGGCGGUCUGCGAUCAGGGAUCCGCAUAGCCCAAGGAUCUUACUUUCGUGUUACGCUUCUGAAACCAAUACCCGUUCAAGUAGACGGAGAGCCCUGGAUCCAGCCACCAGGCCAGAUUAUCAUUUCUGUUGCUGGACCAAAGGUCCACAUGUUGAAAAAAUCCAAACAGAAGCAGAAAAAAACUGGAAGCUUGAAAGAGACAAGACCAGAUAGUGUAUCAAUCACUGAAGUGGGACAUUAAAUUGAGCAGCCCUUUACAGAACAAAAGCAGCCCAGCUACUGUAGAUGAAAGGAGCCUGCACUGUACAGCUGUGUGCAGGGGUUUGGUAAAGAAGGGUUCCUAAUGAGCCUGCCCUUUAUUCCACUGUAGUAGUACUGUGUUCUGCUUAUUUUGUUAAAUGAUUGUGCCUCAUUAGGUGGCUGACGCACACCUACUCAUAUACCACUAAUUUCAUUUGAAAUGUUUGCCUUUGGUUGCCUUCCCUAAACCAUUGCCCGGUUUUUGGUUUGUACCAAUAGAUAACACAGAUCUACCCUAUGGAACUCUUCACUCUUGGUUUUGCAAAAUUUUCAUUUUGUUAAGAAAUUUCUAGCCUUUUUGUUACAUAAUCUUCCAUAGACAAAUCAUCGCAAGGUUCUGUUAAACUAACCCUGAACAACAGUCUUCCAACAAACAGAACUGUAGUAGUUGCAUCUCUUUGUUGUUGUGCUGUGACCUUCUUGGGUAAGGCCAAACACCACAGUUUGAGGCAUCGCUGUUUGAAAUCGUUACUUGAGAUGAAUAACUGUAGUGAUAGUGAUCCCGACGUGAAGAGCACUGUCUACAGAGGAGAAGAACUGCGCUGAAUCUGCGCUCAAGUCAAAAUGGCUAAGACAGUAUCGUUUCAACGUGGUUUACAUGGACAAAGUGGAUGGGGACAAAAAUAUGUUUUAAACAGAUAUGAAAUGGUCUAGCCUCUUCCAGUCAUCAAACACUGUGGAAGGGCUGGUAAAGUUCAGCAGCUAUCUCUUGACUAAACGGGGGCAAAGUUUACCUCAGUAAUAUAUGUAGACGACAAACUUCUUGGGCUCUUAUUUUUCUCCCCUGCUGAGUGUUCUACCUUUGGUGACUCCAUACAUCUCCACAGGUCCUCAUCUGUCUUGUUUCAAAUUAAUUUUAAAAAAAAACCCUAUAUGUAAAUGUAUUGUGACUAUGACUUUCCAUACAAGCUCCAGAGAGGAGAAGAAUGGGUACUAACUCUGGCGAAAACGACUGUUUUAUUGACUAUCAGUUCACUAAGGCUGUCUCUCUACAAGGGGCAUGAUUCCCCUCCUACGCUAGCUCGAUGAAAGCUAGCGUGAGUAUACGUAGUAGUGGAGGCAUGUCUGAACUUUACCAUGUACAAACCACCCUGAAAUCGGCGGGCAUGUGCUCGGCACAGCUAAGCUAUGUCUCUGCUGCCCGUGCUACCAUGGCUACACUACUAUUUAUAUCCGCAUUGGCGCUCAUUGAGCUACCGUGAGAUGUGUACGCGAGCAGCGGAUUCACACCCCUGGCUUGGAGAGUAGACAUAGCCCACGAUACGUGAACGUAGAGGCAGGCUAACAUUAAAUGGAAAUACACCAUAGUUUAAUUCCUUGAGUUUUUUAUGAGGCAUAGUGUGUGUUCAGUAAGACUGUAUGUCUGGCAGCAUGUAUGUCGUGUGCUGUAGAAAAUGCUGUGGCUUCAGAUGACCGAGUAUUUAGCAAUAAAGUAACGAACGGCCUAUUUUCCAGUAUACUUCUGAAAACAGCAUUCCUGCAACUGUUUAGCCACGGUUCUUUCUUGCAGGCUGCCAAUGUAGCUUAGCAUUUGGGGCAUGGAGAAGGGGUGUAG